UAAAAAUUAUUGAGAGAGAGAGAGUUGUGAGAGGUUAGUUGGAAUGAAUUUUCCUUGUGAAAAAUGUUCAAGUGAUUAGCUAGUAUUGAUCAUCAUUAUUAAUAAGCUUUCUAACUAUUUGGGAAAGUAAAUAAUAGAUAGUUGUGGAUAUGGGCCAUCGUUGCUGCAACAAACAGAAAGUCAAGAGAGGCCUUUGGUCACCUGAAGAAGAUGACAAGCUCCUUACACAUAUCACCACUCAUGGCCAUGGCAGUUGGAGCUCUGUCCCAAAGCUUGCAGGAUUACAAAGGUGUGGGAAGAGCUGUAGAUUAAGAUGGAUAAACUAUUUGAGACCAGACCUGAAGAAAGGCUCCUUCACACAAGAAGAAGAACAAAUCAUUAUCGAUGUCCACAGAAUUCUAGGAAACAGAUGGGCUCAAAUAGCUAAGCAUCUUCCUGGAAGAACAGACAAUGAGGUGAAGAAUUUCUGGAACUCAUGCAUUAAGAAAAAGCUUAUGUCUCAAGGUUUAGACCCACAAACCCAUAAUUUGAUGACGUCGUCGUCGUCGCAUCAUCAGAACAAUAAGAAUUUCUGUUCGUCAUUCGUCAUUUCACAGAAUAAUCAUCACUACGGCAAACAAGUACCCAAUAAUAAUCAUGUUAUUUCAUCAUCAAUUUUCUCUGUGAACAAUUCACAUGAUGAUAUCAUAACAAAGAAUUGCAACUCUAGUAAUAACAAUAUGCUAACCCUACCUAGUAAUACUAAAUCCACACCCAUAUCCACCUUCAAUUUUCAAUGCCAAAACCCAAACAACAUUACUACUAGUACUACUAUUCUUACUUGUAAUACUUCUCCAGCUACUCCUAAUUGGAACUUUAGCAAAACCCAAAACCCCUCCCAAUAUGAUAUUGUUCUCACACCAACUAUUUCUUCUUCUUCAUCUUCUUCUGUGAAUGUUCAAAGUCUAUCAAGACCUGGAUUAUUGGAUAAUCUUGGGAUAUGCGGUUCGAGUUUCGACCCGGUUGAGGAGCCGACAAUGGUCCCGGAAUAUGAUCAUCUACAACAGCCGACACUGAAUGGAGUACAAGAUGAUCAUGAACGUGAUCCGAAUCAACAGCAAGAUCACGAGAAAGAUGUUAAGAUUUGGGAUAUGGAAAUCGAUAAAGCUAGAAACUACGACGACCACUCCAGCUUUGAUCUUGGGUUUAUGGACUCUACUUUUAAUCUCUCAGGGGUAAUGUGUCAUGAUCUUAGCUCCAUGGAAUAUGAUCUUGCAUGGAAUUAUUAAUUACUAGACUUUGAUUACAUAUGAUCUUAUUAUUAUAUGUACCGUUGUGAUUCAUUAACUGAUAGGUUUUAUUCUUUUAACUUUGUUUUGUUUUGAGUGUCAAGCGUUUUCUUCUUCAUGAUUUGUAAGUUCUUUAUUAAUCAAUAGUAUGUAUAUUUUUUGUGGUUGUAUUAAUUAGUUAUCUGGGCAUUCCAGUACACCUAAAGAAAACAA